CGUCCAGUAUAAAUUCAGAAGCAUAUCAGGAUUAGGCACAUACCAGUCGAGGUACUCAGUCAAUCAACAUGAACUCAAAGGUCAUUCUCGUCGUCUUGGGCCUGGCUGCCCUCGUAGCUGCUGACAGCAGGGAGUCCUUCGAAUACGCUCCACGAAGGGGAUCCUCCGAGGAGUCCUACGAAUCCAGCGAGGCCCGUUACAGCUUCAACUGGGCCGUCGACCACGACCCUUCCAGCAACGAAUUCGGACACCAGGAAACCCGUGACGGAGACGACACUCAGGGAUCCUACUACGUCGAGCUCCCCGACGGUCGUCUGCAGACUGUCAAGUAUUUCGUCGACGGAGACUCAGGCUACGUGGCUGAGGUCAACUACGAAGGAAGCGCCUCAGCCGAGUCAGGCUCUGCUGAGUCCAACGAGAGGCCAAGAUACUACUAUGGCUCCAACGAGUCCAAAUAGACUCUUACACUUGUUAAUGUUGGAAGUGAUGUAUUUAUUAUAUUUAUUUCAAUAUACAGCACAAAAUUA